AGCUGUCGCAUGGAUUGGUGAUUGAUGAUGCCAAUUACACAAUUUAUUAAUAUCACUUUGUCACCUGAACACAAAACACUCAGCAUGCGCGAAGAACUGCCAGCGAUGGGCUCCAUGUCGUCGCAACCCAGCCCUCAUGCACCGCAAGACGCGGUGUCUCCCGCCGCAGCUUCUCCAUCCGCCAAACGCGAGCCCCACUAUAGCCCCGAAUUCGACGACUUCGCGGCAUCGCAGCAGCUUCUCGACGAGCUAGCUCGCGCCGAGGAAACCGAGCUCUCGCCGACCCUUCAAACAACUUUUCGCGCAGCUUCGCGCAAACGCACACCCGCGGCUUCACUUCACCCCUCACGCCCGCCCUACCCGUCAGCACUAGCUGAAGACGACGACACGGUCUACCACGACGCUGAGGCACCGCAAUCGCGACUUCAGUCUUCGCCGCCGCCAACGAUAGCCGUCAGUGUGCCGGAGAAGAAGCCGCGUGCGAAGGGGAGGAGAAACCUGCGAGCUAAGGUCGGCAUGAGCAACCCCCUGCUGGAACUGGUGUCUUCAGGACAGAGCGAAGGCGCAACGUCGACACCCUCGUCUCUGCGAUCAAGGCGCAAGCGGAAACACGCAGAUUCUGCGGAACCUGGAUCACUAAGCCAGGCGGUGUCAGUAGAUGCGACACCCGCGACACACAAGAGGAAGAGGACCGAGUCCCGCAGGAGCGCAGAUUUGGAAACUACACAAAGCGCAGAGGAGUCUGUUCAGGAUGCUCAAGCGGAAAAAGACAUAAAUGGCCUCGAAUCACAACUUGCACUCACAGCCCUCACGCCAGACAGCCUGCCAGAGUCCUCGCACGAUAAUGGCAAUGAACGUGCCGGGCCCUCAGAAACAGAAGAUGCGCCAAUGCUUCCGAGGAAACUACUGAAAGAGCUCAAGGCCAAGGCGAUGGACGCAGCGGCCGCGUCGAGACAGGCGAGAGAGAGAGAGACUGUCCCAGAGGAUCAACAACCAACGAGUCCUUUCUCAGAACAAGCGGAAGAUGAGACAGAAGAGAAGGAAGAUCCAGACGAGGCCUUGUCUCCAACGGCGGCUGAAAACGCGACUCAAGCGAACGAUUGGUUCAUGUUAGACGCUGAAGACGACGACAUCGCUGAGCAAGAAACCACCAUACCCGAAGAUGAUGUCAGAUCAGACACAGAGAUGAAGACUGAAUUGAAUGCAUUCGCAGGCACACAGCACAGUCAUGCCGCUUCUGAAGGAAACGGCGAUGACACUGCUGUUGAGUCGAAGAAAUCUUCUAAGAAAUCUUCAGCCGAGGGCAAAUCGACGAAAGAACGCCGCAGGGCGCCAGGCAAGAGUGACCGAACACGGAAGACUGUCGCGCGUCCUAAACAAAGAAGAUCCUUCGGAACAUCUGCAGCCGCGACAGCACUUCUUACAGUACGCACUCUCAACCCCGAGCCGGACGUCCGAACCGAGGGUGCAUUUACAGAUGACGAGGAGGAGCGCAUCCGGAGAGCCAUCGAGAACUACCAAGAGAGAAAGGGUCUGCAAAUACCUGAACUUGUUGACAUCAUCCAACUCAGGAGUGACAAAACAGGAACCUGGAGCAAAUCCAAGGACAUGAACCAGAUCAGCCAGGACAGCAAAGAGUUUUGGGACGAAAUCAAGCCAAUAUGUCCAGAGCGCAAAAGCCAUACCGUUCGGACUCACAUUCGAGGGCGCUAUCACAUGUUCACAUCUGGGAAAUGGGCAGAAGAGGAGGAUGAGCAGCUCAAGGAACUGGUUGAGCAGUACCCGAAUCAAUGGCCACUCAUCUAUCAGAAGAUGCCCAAUCGAGCGCCAACUAGCAUCCAGAACCGCUGGCGAGACUACGCCCAAUACGGCGAUCGCAGGGCAAUUCAGCGCUGGUCUGAGGGAGACGAGGAACUUCUUGUUCGCGCCGUGUCGACCGUCGCUCAGAAAAACGAGGACGAGCGGGCGGCAGCGGGAAAGCCGCCAAUCGACAACUACACGAGAAGCGACAUCGACUGGAAAGCAGUGUGCAUCGAGAUGGGCAAGGUUCGCAACCGCACCCAGUGCGCGGAACACUGGGCUAUGAUGAGUAGCCGCUCUUCUGCACCUGAAUUUCGAGUGGAGAUAAAACCCAGGAAGACUCACGUAUCCGAAGAGUCCGUCCACUCGACACCCGUGAAGCGCAAGCGGACGUCGAAGACGCAGAAGUCUGGCACUUCUCCAACAAACGCACCCAAGAAGCGUGAGCGUCGCCGGUUGCAGAAGAAGGAGGAAGAUGACUCGUCUCAAGCUGGCAGACUGGACGCGAGCAACAUGCGUACUGGUGAUAGGAUGGACCUCGUCGCAGCCAUCAUCGAAGGCGAGUACGAAGUGGAGGAGGACAUCGACUGGCCCAGGAUAUACGACGCCAUGCGGCAAUCAUGGCCUGUCACAACACUGCAGGCGGGGUGGAAAGAUCUACUGGCACUCGUUGACGAGCAGCAAAGUCUCAGCAAAGUGCUCGACGAUAUCCUGGCGCACAUGGCAGCGAACCAUGGCGACGAGUGGGACGACUACUACAAUGAUGCGGAAGACAGGGGCGAGGAAGAGACCAACACAAAGAGGACCGCGAAGAAGAGAAAGUCCCGCUCGAAGCAGUCUACCUCGCAGCCCACUACUCCCAGAGGCUACAAGUCUUCGGAGCUUAUCACGCAGAGCGACGAUGCCGAGAGCGAAGCGGAGUCAUGAUACACAUGUGGCUGGCAGUUUGGGAGCUGGACGGGCGGCGGGCUGGGAGUUGUAUUGUCGACUAAACUAGUAUAGCUUUAGGUCCCACUUCGUCUACACAAAGCUUUUUCUAAGCAGCUGUAUCCUCGAUAAGCUCUCGAUUAGGCAGCUCGUCUAAAUUGGCGUUGCUCGUUCUCGGUAGAGAUGGGGAGAUGAAGGGCAAAAGUAAUAUGAGUAAUUUCGAAUAUCUGC